AUGGAUGGAAGGAAAGUAAGCAUCAAUGGUUUUAAUUCCUCCAUCUCUCACGAUCUCGACACGACAAGCGAUCUGGAUACCUUCCUAUGCAAGCAGGAAUGGGAGAGGAGGUUCGAAGAGGAGCUGGAUAAGCCGAGGCGGGAUUCGGCAUCGCAGAUCGAUGAUUUCUUCGAGCCGCCUCGUCACCAACCCACCAUGAGUUACGUGUCGAUGAGGACGCUGCCUGGCACCGACGACGAUGUCUUCCUGCGGCCGCCCCUGUGGGAAGACAUCGCCAGCAGCAUACAAAACAUCGACCCUGAAAACGCAAACAUGUUGGCAGUCGGUGCCGGCCAAGUGAAGCUGGAAGCCGUCGACGAUCUGACCGCUGCCGCCUGCGCCCCGACACCGUUGCUCUCGCCCCUCGAGAUCAAAACGGAGAAGAUCCUGCAGCAGCCCGGCCCCACUCUCCAUCUCAUGGGGACGCCGGCGUCUUCUCCCUACAACCAACAACAACAACAACCAAUGAGCCCUCAGCAAACGCAACAACCUCAACCUCAUUACCAGCAGCAGCAACACAUCCUGCAUCAACCCAACAGCAAUGCGCAUCAGCAGCAGCAACAACAGCAGCAUCAACCACAGCCACAGUACAAGUAUGGGAAUCCCCCGGUGGGACCGGCGCCCGGAAACGCGCUCUAUCCACCAAUGUCACGUCUUAUGUACGUUUCGCCCCUGACUCCACCCAGCUCGGAACCGGGGUCGCCUGGCGGGACGCUACCCCGUCGCACGCCGCCCCCGCCGUAUCCCGCCCCCGGAUGUCCGCAAACGCCCGCCCCCAGAAUCACGCACUCCGUUAAAUACAACAGGAGGAACAACCCCGAACUAGAAAAGCGUCGGAUACACCAUUGCGACUUCAUGGGUUGCACCAAGGUCUACACAAAAAGUUCUCAUCUGAAAGCUCAUCAACGAAUACAUACAGGUGAGAAGCCAUACCAGUGCCAAUGGCCCGACUGCGAGUGGAGAUUUGCGAGGUCCGACGAGCUGACCCGUCACUAUCGUAAGCAUACAGGGGCCAAGCCGUUCAAAUGUGCCGUCUGCGAAAGGUCCUUUGCCAGAUCCGAUCAUCUGGCAUUGCACAUGAAGAGGCACCUACCAAAAACGAGCAAGUGAAGUGCCCACAGAAAGAAACACUGAAACAAACCGAGUGACCUACCUAAACAUACAAACGUUAUGCCACAGAGACAGAGUGCGAUUUUACAUAUGUUUUAUUUCCCCUCUCGAGAGAAGCAGAAUCAAUCCAGACGAUCGAUGCAUAUGCACGCACGAACAUACUACACACAAAACACACACAAAUCCACACAUUCCAUAAUUUGAAUGAAUCUGAAAAGAUCUCAUCUUGUUUACUCUUAUAGUUUUUAUUUUUUGUUUUACACUCAGUGAUUCCUUGUCAAACGAACGCUAUAUUAUUUCCAAGACCUUCGAGACCAAUUUCCAAAUUUGAACGGCCUUAGGAGAAGACGACGACGGUCCUUCUUACUUCUUAGACUUAUUUUUUUUUUGUUUGUUUGUUUCCUUUUUCUAAUACUUUUUAUUUGAU